GCCUUGGGCUGUGGGAGCCUUGGGCUGUGCUCACCCUUGCAGCCACCAUUUCAUCUGCAGCCCCUCACAGACCAACCAGCCCGUGGAGCCCAGGGCCUUGAUGCUAACAGCUGCUGCCUGGAAAGAAUUUGUAGCUUAUUUUGGGCAGGCUUUUGUGGGAGUAAUGACUCCCAGCCCUGUAGCUGGGUGAAGCAGGAUGAUCAUUUGUGCUUAUUCAGCUCAGCUGGUGCUGCAGGUACUAACACAGCCCCUUAACUCCCAGUUCAGUGGUGGGAGGUGCUGCGGGGUGGUGAGUGAGAUUCUUGGUUGUUGUGUUUGCAAAAUGGUUGGAGAUUCUGAAGAGAGGGAGUUUUAGCAGGGGUAGAAAAGGCAGGUCUCUGUGAGGAAAAGAGAUGUAAGCAACAGGAUCUAGAGCAUCUGGAGGCAGAAGUGGAGUGAAGGUUUGUGGGGCUUGUGAGCUGCUCCUGGUACAGAUGCUGUCACUGUCACCCCCACUGGGACUUGUUCCUGGUGCCUUUUCAGAGCAGCAACCCACUGCUGGCUUUAGAGUGAGAUGUUUGUUUUGCUGAGGUUUUUAUACAGUAGUACCUUCUGCACUGUGCAGAAAGAUGCAAGAAAGCUAGCUAGGAAAGAGAUAAUGGGAAGAAUAGGAAAUUUUAUUUGGAAGAAAUAGUUCCUCAUUUCCUAUAAAAAGAACAAGAAGAAAGGGGAUGGAGAUAUGGCUUUAAAAGGGUCAAAUCAGAUCUGCUUCCUUGUGAAAAACAAAGUAGUUUUCCAGUAACUCUGAAAAAAUACUGUUCCUGGUGUUUAAAAACAGUCAAAUGGCUGUGCUGGAUUGUAAGUGAUUAAGAAGGAUGCUCAGAAAGUUUUUUGUGUUCAGCUACAACUGUCCCUCUGCUACAGGGAGAUCAUCUGCUCCAGCAAAUCACAGGAACAUCUUCGCUCAUCCUGCCUGCCUCUGGAGGGAAGAGAGGGGCUCCCCUUGACUGCUGACUCUUCUGCCACCCUGAGGGUCGUGUGAAGGAAACCGGGCUCCAGAAAAUAAAUUGGUGAGAGCGGAGGGGAAAUGUCACAUCCCUGGCUGCCAGGCUUUGCAGACUGGAUGUGUGUGCAUAUGUGUGUUUUUAAAUAUAUAUAAUAUAUGUAUUUAUAUAUAUUAUAUUUAUAUUGAUAUAUGUGUGUAUAUGUAUUUUACAUGCACACUUGGGAAAUGUAGUGACUAAAGGAGUGCAAGCCCCACAGAGUCAGCGCUGCUGCAGAACAGCCUGGAGCCUUGCAAGUGGCACAAAGGGCCAUGGGAGGGUUUCACUCUCGAGUUUUCUUAUUUCUUGCUUAUUUUCCUCUCUUCCAAAGGAGCAGCUCUCCAGGUGGAGGAGGUUGAGCAGGGCCUGUGAGGGUGGAGGCGUGGGCCAGCCAAUAAAGCUGGAGAGGCUUGAGGUGCUGGGAUCGGGAUGGCCUCGGUGAGGAAGAGGCAGCGGAGGAAGAGGAGGGAGACUGGGCAGGCCAUGGAGGUACAUGCUCAGGAAAAGGAGGAGUCUGUUAAAAGCCCAGACUGCAUAGAAAGACUGGCACGAAAAUACAUGCAGAAGUGCACAGUGGAGUCAAGCACGGAGUCUGAGUCUGAAGCCAGGGCAGAGGUUGUGCCUAGUCCACUUGCUGGAGGACUUAAGAAAGUGAAGGAAUCCAGAGGACUACAAUUUUUAGAUCCUUAUGACGGUGAUUCAGAAGAUGCAUCUGUUCACACUGACUGUGGUAUAAAAGAUACACCAUGGCCAAACAGUGCCUCAAAAGCAAUGCCUUUGGAGAAUGCUGAUACUUCAGAAGAUGAACGAUCCUUCCCUAAUCCUCCAAAUGUCAGUGACAUUCAGGCAGUAAAUUACUGUAGAGAAGCCCUGGAGCUUCCUGGCCUCGAGCAGGAUCUGCUGCAAACCCCUGAGCCGCCUCCAGCCACAGAAGCAUUUACCCCCAUGGGGCUGACACCUGACCACGCCUUACCGAUGGUUAUUAACCCUUCAGUCUCCGCGGAUCUCCCUGCAAUCCCGGCUGACACUGAUGGCACAAUGGCCAAGCAGCCCAUAAUUAAAAGAAAACAAAGGAUUCCUACUCCAGAGGAUGCUAGUGAAAAACUAAAGAGAAAGAAAUUCCGUGCAACUUAAUCUAAGGGAUGAAUAAAUAAUUGGACAAACUGUUCUGAAGGAUCAUUCUGGUAGAGAUUUCUUUUGCAGAGCGUAGUGUGCCUGAACUAAACAGGCUGCCUCAAGCCUGUUACAAAUGCACUGCGCGCUGUACAGUAAGCUCUGACAUCCACCUGAAAAACAGAGUCAAGCAAGUUGUCUGGCAAUUCCAGUGAAAAUUAGCAAAGGUACAUCUACAGCAUGACAGAUAAGCUUGGGGCCCAGGUCCUCUGGGAGCACCAGCCCCAGCUCCUGUGUGCAGUACCUGGAGGCAGCUGCUCAGUUUCAGUGUAAUUUCACCAACACUGACAAGGGUUUGUCGAGGAGGGAAAGGAGAAUGACCCCUUGGCUGCAAUUUGCUUCAAUAGCUAUGGCUUGUCUGGCACCUGCUUCAUGUCAUGUUUGGCUCUUGCUGUAUCUGACCUCCCUCUGAGUGAUGAACGACACAGGUUUGACUACCAACAUCUGAACUGACUGCAAGUGCCACAAUCCAGCGUUUAUCUUCUUCAAAGGGGGAGAAAUUGUCUAGUUGCUGCUAACACAGCUGCCCCACAGCUGUUCCUGCCUCUUUUGACCAAUGUUUUGGGCAGUUUCUGUGUAGCUGCCAGAUCAGUGUUUACAAUGUGAUGUGGAACACAUUAGCUCAGAGCUUCUGAAAGCAAUUGUUCAGGAGCUGCAGGAGUGGCGCCCACAGAUGGGAGGCCAGUUAGGGAGCAAAAACUAUCUCUGAUCUCCCUCUCCUAUAUAGUGAUUGCUUUAAUCAGGUUUGGAAUCUGGGUAGUCCAUUUGUGUGGGAGGGGAACUACUAACUAUGAAAGUAUAAUGAUGGCUUGAAAGAUGUUAGUACCAGCAACUUGCUACAACAUUUGUUCUGUACAACUGGCAGAGAAUUUUAGUUUCCAGUUUCUUUUGUAAGAUGGAAAGCCACUAAAAAUAUUAUUUAACUGCUCGCAUUGCACCCUUCCACCUGUAUAUUUAUUUUAUUAA